GCUAAGUCAACAAACGACAAAUAAAAAAGUGAACCGGCAUUGGUCUGAAUCAGAUAAACCGGAAAUGAAGGCGGUUCGGUCCGAAAUUAAAAUUUCAACAAAACUUGGGAUAGAAAAAAAAAUGCGAAGAGGAGAAGAAGAGACGGAGAGAUGUCGUCGUUGCGUGUGUGUCCGUCGUCUUUCUUCCACCUCCGACCCGUUCAUCUCUUUACCUCCUCUGCGAAAUUCCGCUUCUGCCCCUCUAUUCGCCGAGAAUUACGAUUAAUCCCUUCCCGACCUUCUUCUUCUUCUUCUUCGUUCCGUCGGUCGGAAUCUUUUCCGUCUUCGUGUUCCUCUCCGACGCCGGUAACCGGUUCGGGAGAGCUGCGGAAUCAAACUCUGGGAGAGGUUGAUGAAGGUGAUAAGAUCAAAAGGAAGCUCGAAGAGUUUAACUGGGACCACUCCUUUGUUAAGGAGUUGCCUGGUGAUCCCAGAAGUGAUGUUAUCCCUCGUAAGGUAUUGCAUGCUUGCUACUCAAAAGUUUCCCCAUCAGUACAAGUAAACGAUCCUCAGCUUGUAUCAUGGUCUGAUUCUGUUGCAGACCUCUUGGAUCUAGACCCUAAAGAAUUCCAAAGACCAGACUUCCCUCUCCUACUCUCCGGCGCCAAACCUUUACCAGGAGCAAUGCCUUACGCUCAGUGCUAUGGAGGACACCAGUUCGGCAGGUGGGCUGGACAGCUAGGCGACGGCCGCGCCAUAACUCUCGGAGAAGUUCUCAACUCCAGAGGGGAAAGAUGGGAGCUGCAGCUCAAAGGCGCGGGUAGAACUCCUUACAGCCGUUUCUCCGAUGGCCUUGCUGUGCUGCGUAGCAGCAUCAGGGAGUUCCUUGGCAGUGAAGCCAUGCAUUGUCUUGGAAUCCCUACCACUCGCGCCCUUUGUCUCCUCACGACAGGUCGAGGUGUCGUCCGCGACAUGUUUUACGAUGGCAAUCCCAAGGAAGAGCCUGGCGCUAUCGUUUGCAGGGUUUCUCAGUCGUUUCUCCGGUUCGGCUCGUACCAAAUACAUGCUUCUAGAGGAAAAGAGGAUCUCGAGAUUGUUAAGAAGCUAGCAGACUAUGCCAUUAGACAUCAUUUCCCACAUAUAGAGAAGAGGAGCAUGAACAGAAGCGACACAUCGAACAAGUAUGCUGCAUGGGUUGUUGAAGUUGCGGAGCGCACAGCUACUUUAUUUGCAAGAUGGCAAGGUGUAGGAUUCACACACGGUGUGCUCAACACUGACAAUAUGAGCAUUUUGGGCCAGACCAUUGACUACGGCCCGUUCGGGUUCUUGGAUGGUUUUGAUCCGAGUUACACACCGAACACAACGGACCUCCCCGGGAGAAGGUACUGUUUUGCAAACCAGCCUGACAUCGGCUUGUGGAAUAUCGCUCAGUUUGCUGAGGCGCUGGCUGCUGCGGAGCUGAUAAAUGAAAAGGAAGCAGAUUACGCCAUGGAGAGGUACGGUGAUAAGUUCAUGGAUGAGUAUGAAUCCAUGAUGACAAAGAAGCUUGGCCUUUCAAAGUAUAACAAGGAGAUGAUUAGUGAACUUCUGAACAACAUGGCUGUCGAUAAAGUCGAUUACACAAACUUCUUCAGGCUUCUUUCGAAUGUAAAAGCAAACCACAACACACCUGAUGACGAUGAGGAGUUAUUGAAACCCUUGGAAGCUGUGCUUUUGGACAUUGGAAAGGAAAGAAAAGAAGCUUGGAUCAAAUGGGUGCGAGGGUAUAUUCAGGAGGUAUCAUGUGGUAGUGACAUCACAUCAUCAGAUGAAGAAAGAAAAGCAAGAAUGGAUUUAGUGAACCCAAAGUACAUUCUGAGGAACUAUCUUUGCCAAAGCGCGAUAGAUGCAGCUGAACAAGGUGAUUUCUCAGAGGUCAACAACUUGAUCCGUCUUAUGAAACGGCCUUACGAGGAACAGCCUGGGAUGGAGAAGUAUGCUGGGUUGCCUCCAGCUUGGGCUUACAGGCCAGGCGUCUGCAUGCUUUCUUGCUCCUCCUAGCUAGUUCUCUCCUUCUUACUACUUUCGUUUUGCCGUUAUAGAAAGGAAGAUGAGAAGCGUAUAAAAAACCAUUCCUAUACGUGUAAUGAUUUUGUAACGCAUUGAAUUGACAUGAAAACUUUGGUAUAGCUUCUUCAAUUGUUUUUUACGUUGAAUAAAGAUUUGAGUGUAUAGAUA